AAACAUGACUCCUCCAAUCUCUGUUCUUUCUCCAUACACGCUUUUAUAUAAACCAUUUUACUGUUCCUUCAAGCAACCAAAUUGUUCUUCAUCUCCAAUCCUCAAUUCCAGUUCUCUGAUCAUUUUCUUGUACUAUUUUUUACUCCAUUUCCCAGGUUUAAUCGCUUGCUUAUUCUUUUAAAUUCACUAUUUUUUUCAAUUUUUUUGUAAAUAUAUUUGUUUAGUGUUGUAUAAUCUGUUGAAUCGUAUUUUAAAGUUCAACAGAGCUGUAAUUAUUACUUUUUAAGAUCAAGUUAUUAUUGAUCUUUGAUUUAAUGACUUCUGGUAACUCAAUUGGGAUUUCUACGAUGAAACCUUGUUGUAGAGCUUUAAUUAGUAGUAGACAUUCAUUGAUUUUUGGGAUUUCUCGGAAUAUCAUACUAAUUAAUGAUUCGUCGACAUUACCGUAUCAUUAUAGAUCGAAUUGUAAACUUAGGUACUAUAGAAAUGAUCGUUGUACAUCCAAAAUUCUAAGGAAUAAAUGUAAAAAUGAAUCGAAUCGGAUAGGUUUUUGUGAUUCCGGUUCUAAUUGGGGUUAUCCUAGGGUUUUUAAACGAUGCCGAAUUAAUGAUAGUGGUAGGGAUGUAUCAUUGAUAGUGAAUGUAGCAUCGGAUGUGAGGAACCAUUCUACAUCAACAUCACCCUCAUUGGGUGAAGCUCGUGUUAAUGAAAAAGGGUUUGAGAGGUAUUAUAUUCAAGGAGGGAUGAAUGUGAAGCCAUUGGUGAUCGAGCGAAUCGAAAAUGAUGUAGGUUUAGGAGUUGAGGAAGAAAAAGAUAGGAUAGUUGUAGAUACUAACCAUUUAGAGGAGGUGAAUGAGAUUGAUGUUUCUCCUCGUAAAUCGAAUCUUUUGGAGAUUGAAGAGGAGUUGAAUGAGGUUGAUGUUUCCCCACGUAAAGCGAAACUUUCAGAGAUUGAGGAGGAAGCUUGGGAGCUUUUAAGGAGCUCGAUUGUGAAUUAUUGUGGAAACCCAGUUGGGACAGUAGCUGCAAAUGAUCCAAAUGACAAGCAGCCACUUAAUUAUGAUCAAGUUUUCAUAAGGGAUUUUGUUCCCUCUGCACUUGCUUUCUUACUCAACGGGGAAGGAGAUAUUGUGAAAAAUUUUCUGCUUCAUACGUUGCAGUUGCAGAGUUGGGAGAAAACUGUAGAUUGCUAUAGUCCUGGACAAGGAUUAAUGCCAGCAAGCUUCAAAGUUAGCACGGUGUCUCUCAAUGGAAAAGGAGCAUUUGAAGAAGUUCUGGACCCAGAUUUUGGUGAAUCAGCCAUUGGACGCGUGGCCCCUGUUGAUUCUGGGUUGUGGUGGAUUAUAUUGUUAAGAGCUUAUGGAAAGAUUACUGGCGAUUAUUCACUACAAGAAAGGGUGGAUGUCCAGACUGGGAUACGCUUGAUAUUGAACCCUUGCUUAACUAAUGGAUUUGAUAUGUUCCCUACACUUUUAGUGACUGAUGGUUCUUGCAUGAUUGAUAGGCGUAUGGGCAUACAUGGUCAUCCUCUUGAAAUUCAAGCCUUAUUUUAUUCAGCUUUACGGUGCUCGCGCGAGAUGCUGAUUGUCAAUAACGGAACUAAAAGUUUGGUGGCAGCAAUCAACAACAGAUUGAGCGCACUAUCUUUUCAUAUGAGGGAAUACUAUUGGGUUGACUUGAAGAAGCUCAAUGAAAUAUAUCGUUACAAAACGGAGGAAUAUUCAACUGAUGCCAUUAAUAAGUUUAACAUAUAUCCAGAACAGAUACCGUCAUGGUUAGUUGACUGGAUGCCUGAGCAAGGUGGUUAUUUCAUUGGUAAUCUCCAACCUGCUCACAUGGACUUCCGUUUUUUUACACUUGGGAACCUUUGGUCUAUUGUCUCAUCAUUGGGGAGUCCCCAGCAAAAUGAGAGUAUACUUAACUUGAUUGAUGCAAAAUGGGAAGAUCUUAUAGCGGAUAUGCCUCUUAAAAUUUGUUACCCUGCUUUGGAGUCUGAGGAGUGGCGCAUCAUCACUGGCUGUGAUCCAAAGAACACCCCUUGGUCAUAUCAUAACGGUGGAUCUUGGCCAACACUCUUGUGGCAGUUUACUCUAGCCUGCAUGAAGAUGAAGCGUUUAGAUCUUGCUGAAAAGGCUAUAAGUGUGGCUGAGAAAAGACUUUCAGCUGACAAAUGGCCAGAGUACUAUGAUACUAAGAAGGGACGGUUUAUUGGUAAACAAGCACGGCUAUUUCAAACUUGGACCAUUGCUGGGUACCUGACGUCAAAGAAGCUCCUAGAGAAUCCUGAUCUCGCUUCUUCACUGAUGUUCGACGAGGAUUACGAGCUACUUGAGAUUUGUGUUUGUGCUCUUAGCAAAGCAGGCAGAAAGAAGUGCUCGCGUGGUGUUACAAGACAUCAGCGGACUGCAUAGUUUGUAGUCGUACUACUCGGAAUAAUAAAUUUCUUUUGUAGAAGAUAUUGUUCAUAAAAUUUAACAUUUAAAUUUAGCAAAUAGACUUGGUUAUUUAAGUGUUCCCUUUGCUCUAAAACUUGAGAAACAACUUCAUGGGAAAUCUUUAGGCGAUACGUAGUUGCGCAAGCUGUACAUAGUUGGGAUCUCGGAGCCAGGCACGUUUCUUUCGUGACUGCUCCUCCUUCAUCGUCUUGAAUCACUCUGCUCGCCCCAUUAGUUUGUUUUGCUUCAUUCUCAAGAUUUAUGAACUUAUUUUACUGGAAGAAAUUCUCCA